GCGGCCGCGGCCAUCCAGGCCGCGUUCAGGAUGUGGGCCGCCCGGCGGCGCUACCGCGACGCCAGAAGGGCGGCAGCUGUGAUUCAGCGGAAAUACAGAGCCACGGUUUUGGCUCUCGAGGCCAAGAAGGAUUACGACGCCCAAAGGAACGCCGCGCUGGUCAUACAGGCUAACUGGAGAAGCCGCGCCGAGCGGAAGGCGGCGGAGAAGCGCCGUCAGUGUGCGACACUCAUCCAGGCUCACUACCGGCGCCACCUGGCGCAAGCAGCGUACCGGUCCAAGAGAGCGUGCGCCGUGGUCGUACAGCGUCACUACAGGGCGCACGCGGCUGGGAAGGAGGCGAGGAAAGCGUACCUGCGCACCAGAGCGGCCUGUGUGGCUCUGCAAGCUGCUUUCAGAGGCAUGCGAGUCAGGGCCGAGCUGAAGCAAAGGCACCGGGCAGCGACGGUCGUUCAGGCUUCGGUGAGGAUGUUUUUAUGCCGUAAACGGUACGUCCUCCUGCAGAGCGCGGCGAUCGUCAUCCAGAGCCGAUACCGAGCUCUUCUGGCCUGCAGGGCACAGCGGAAAGCGUACGGCGCGCUAAAGCAGGCCACCGUAAAGAUACAGGCGGCGCACCGUGGACGUAGAGACCGGCGCGCUCUGAAGAAGAGGCACAAAGCUGCCGGCGCAAUCCAAGCUCAGUUCAGGAUGCACAGAAUGCGAAUGGCCUUCCUCGCCACCAAGUGCGCCGCCAUUAUGGUUCAGGAACGCUACAGGGCCAAAAUGCUCAGGAACCGGCAGAUGCAGAUGUACAGGACAAUGAAGUCUGCGGUCGUAACAAUCCAGGCAGCAUAUCGCGGCUACAGGGCGAGGAGCGAGGUGGCAGAGAUGCACCGAGCAGCCACAGUCAUUCAGAGGAAGUUUCUCGCCAUCAGGGGUAGAAACCAGUUCCUGGCCCUCAAGGCAGCCGCUUUGGUUAUUCAGCGGCGGCGCAGAGCAGUGACGCUGGGCAGAAAAGAACGCUUGGACUAUCUGUCCAAGCGAACCGCAGUCAUUUGUCUGCAGGCAGCUCACAGAGGACGCAGGGUGAGGAAGCAGUUGCGUAUGAUGCAUUCUGCAGCUGUGACCAUUCAGUCGCACUUCCGGAAGCACCAACAUAGAACCUACUACAAGAAUCUCCAGUGGGCUGCAGCAGUUUUGCAAGCGAGUUACAGAGCCAAAAAGGAAAUGAGAAAGGAGAUGCAAUCCCUGAAUGCGAAGAGAAAGGCUGCUGUUGUCUUACAAGCGGCCCUUCGAGGAAUGAAAUCCAGACGACUCUUUAAACGCAGGCAUCAUGCUGCCAGUGUGAUCCAGAGAGCCUUUAGAGCCCACUCUCAGUGCAAGCAGUAUCUGACCUUGAGGUCCUCCGUCCUCACCAUUCAGCAGAGGUAUCGGGCCACUGCAGCAGCAAGAGUACAAAUGCACGAAUACCAAUCAAUGCGCCGUGCUGCUGUCGUCCUCCAGGCAGCAUUCAGGGGUCGGCAGGUCAGAAAGCAGGUUGCUGGUUGGCAUCAGGCCGCCACUGUCAUCCAGUCUGCCUUCAGAAAGCACAGAGAGGAAGUCAAAUUCCGAGCCAUGCGUCUGUCUGCCGUCAUCAUCCAGAGGUACUACCGCGCCUGCGUUCUGCAGAGGCAACAGAGAGGAAAGUUCCUGAAGACCAAGCAAUCCGCCGUCACCAUUCAGGCAGCAUUCAGAGGUCAUCGUGUGCGGACCAACAUGGCCCUGAUGCAUAGGGCAGCUGCUGUUAUUCAGGCAAACUUCAAGCGGCACAAGCAGCAGUCGGCCUUCAGGAAACUGCUGUGGGCAGCCUGCGUCUUACAGCGGAGGUUUAGGGCUCAGAGACUGAGAAACGCUGAGGUGAAACAUUAUCAACAGUGCAGAAGAGCAGCCGUUGUGUUCCAGGCUGCAUAUCGUGGAAUGAAAUUAAGGCAGGAGAUCAAACGCAGGCACCAGGCUGCCAGUGUGAUCCAGAGAGCCUUUAGAGCCCACUCUCAGUGCAAGCAGUAUCUGACCUUGAGGUCCUCCGUCCUCACCAUUCAGCAGAGGUAUCGGGCCACUGCAGCAGCAAGAGUACAAAUGCACGAAUACCAAUCAAUGCGCCGUGCUGCUGUCGUCCUCCAGGCAGCAUUCAGGGGUCGGCAGGUCAGAAAGCAGGUUGCUGGUUGGCAUCAGGCCGCCACUGUCAUCCAGUCUGCCUUCAGAAAGCACAGAGAGGAAGUCAAAUUCCGAGCCAUGCGUCUGUCUGCCGUCAUCAUCCAGAGGUACUACCGCGCCUGCGUUCUGCAGAGGCAACAGAGAGGAAAGUUCCUGAAGACCAAGCAAUCCGCCGUCACCAUUCAGGCAGCAUUCAGAGGUCAUUGUGUGCGAACCAACAUGGCCCUGAUGCAUAGGGCAGCUGCUGUUAUUCAGGCAAACUUUAAGCGGCACAAGCAGCAGUCGGCCUUCAGGAAACUGCUGUGGGCAGCCUGCGUCUUACAGCGGAGGUUUAGGGCUCAGAGACUGAGAAACGCUGAGAUGAAACAUUAUCAGGAGGUUAAGGAAGCUGUCACUAAUCUACAAGCUGCCUUCCGUGGAAUGAAAUCCAGAAGAAUGAUCAAACAAAGGCAUCGUGCUGCUUGUGAUCUCCAGAGAGCUUAUAGAGCCUUCUGUAAACGCAAGCAGUACCUGCAACUAAAAUUGUCCGUCAUUACUAUUCAGAGAAGAUAUCGAGCUGCUGUUGCAGCCAAAGCCCAAAGAAAACGUUACCAGGAAAUGCUUUGUGCAGCCGUCGUCCUCCAGGCAGCAUUCAGGGGUCGGCAGGUCAGAAAGCAGGUGGCAGGUUGGCAUCAGGCCGCCACUGUCAUCCAGUCUGCCUUCAGAAAGCACAGAGAGGAAGUCAAAUUCCGAGCCAUGCGUCUGUCUGCCGUCAUCAUCCAGAGGUACUACCGCGCCUGCGUUCUGCAGAGGCAACAGAGAGGAAAGUUCCUGAAGACCAAGCAAUCCGCCGUCACCAUUCAGGCAGCAUUCAGAGGCUGGUGUCUCAGGAUGGACAUAAGGCGACAAAAUCACGCCGCAACUGUGAUCCAGUCGUGCUGGAAGUGCUCGGUGCAAAGGCGCUCCUUCCAAAGGACGCGUGAGACAGCCGUGAAACUUCAGCGGCGGUUCCGCGCUGUGCGGGAGAGGAACAGCUACGCCCGGAAGAGGGAAGCGGCCACGACGCUUCAGAAACACUGCCGAGCCUGGAUCGAAAGACACAAGGAACAACAGCGAGCCAGGGCGAAGAGGAGGCUCUGUUUCACGGCCGCCGUCUUCCACCACCUCAGGGCCAUAAAGAUCCAACGGGCUCUGAGAGCCCACUGGGCUCGGGAGUCGGCCAAAAGAAAGCUUCCUCCGUCCAUUACCAUACAGGGACAAGGCGGUGGGGGAAGUCGAGGCAGCCGAGGACCUCUAUCUGGAGGACCGGUGAAAGGUGCUCGUAGCCCAGAGAGCGGCGAAGUGCUGGUUGCGUCGUCGCCACAGGGCUGCGGGCAUUUCGUCCAGCGUGCCGUCCGCAAGUUCCUCGUUGUAAGGCGCCAGCAGAGGGUUCAGCAGGGCAUUGUGAAAGCUCAGGCUCUAUGGAGAGGACACCGCUCCCGCCGACUGAAUGACGACGCCAAGUUGCAGAAAAUAAGACACCGCUUACGCAAAGUCUCCGCCGGCGUCCAGGAGGAGGACAAGCUGUGCAACAAGACGUCGUCUGCCCUGGACUACCUCCUUCGAUACAAACACUUCUCCUAUAUCCUAGAGGCCCUUAGAAAGCUCGAGACCGCCACCAGACUUUCCCCAGAGUGCUGUGAGCGGCUUGCUGAAAGCGGCGCCACCGAUGUGAUCUUCACGCUCAUCCGCUGCUGCAACAGGAGCGUCCCUUGCAUGGACGUCAUUACCUACUCCAUCCAGAUCCUCCUCAACCUCUCAAAGUACCACAAGACCAUCGAGGCGGUGUAUCUGGUGGAAAACUUUGUGGAGACGCUGCUGGACCUGCUGCAGAGAUACAGGGAGAAGGCCGGGGAUAAAGUAGCAGAGAAGGGCGGCAGCAUCUUCACCAAAGCCUGCUUCCUCCUCGCUCUCCACCUUCAGGACGAGCACCGCGCUGCGGAGGUCAUGAAGCUACCCAAGGUGUUGGAUAGACUGCGCAGUAUUUACCGCCUCACAGCUCGCAAGCACAAGAUGGACGCUGAAAGAACUAUAAUGAAACAAAAAAUGAACGCAUCCAUCAAUGGAAGCUUCUUUGUUCAAGCAACGCCCCGUAAAUCCCGCCCCGUGCCAAAAUUCGCACCGGAUUGGGUUCUAAGGAAGGACAAGCUCAAAGAUAUAGUGGACCCUCUCAGGGCCAUUGAGAUGGUGGCAAAAACACUCUGCAUUGUGUUGUAAAUAAGCUUUUAAAUCUUCAUUCAUUUUGUCAUUUCUCUACUUCAAAAAAUAUUUUGUACGUUUUAUUGUAGCUUUUUUCACAUUUCCAUGGUUUGCAUGUAUAUAUUAAAAUGGAUUUGUUUGUUAUGACACUUUUA